CACCAAUGGAAGGGGGACCAGUACCAGGACCUCACAGUGACGUGAACACUGUCUUGGUAGUGAGUGUGUCUGACGUAAUAUAAAUACAGGCACACUCUACAAUGAUCAUUCAUCACUGUAGUAACCUGUAGAAGAAGUUGAAUACUGUGGGAAAAGUGUGUGAGAAGUAGAAACAUUAUAUCGAAGUUAUAUCAUGGACUGUCGACUAUAACAACAACAUUAUAAAUAAGAAGAUAAGAUAAACUAUUAUAUCGUGAUCUACAGUACAAUAGAGGCAACAGUAAGACAAGAUGAGAGAGAGAAGUAUUAGUAUGAUGUCUCCUGUUGCAUUGGGGCUGGUCUUGAUAGCACUGUGCCCAGGAACAGUGCUGUCAGCGUGGGGAUUCAACAGUGGCAGUGUCCUUCUGAAAGACAUAGAAGUACUUACCUUAUACAAUGGCAAGAUGACUCAAGGACAGCGUUCUUCACCAGUACCUCAGUUGGAGUGUGUCCAUGGUGGAACUGCCCCUUGUAGUGCCUUCAAACCCCGGGUAGUGCAGUGUUACAACCGGGGGUGGGACGGGGUGGAUGUACAGUGGGAGUGCAAGACUGACAUGGACAAUGCAUUCAGGUUUGGCGACAUUGAAGUCUCAUGUGAGGGUUACAGCAGCCGGGAUGACCCUUAUGUGUUGAAGGGAUCUUGUGGCUUGAGGUACUCCAUAGACUACACCAAGGAGGGACUCAACCAGAAGCAGGGUCAUCAUCACAAUUACUAUGGUGAUCAAACCACAGGAUACGAAAGUCACGCAAGUCCUGGAAAUCACGGAAAACAGAAAUUGUCAAGUGCAAGCUACUUCGCUGAUUUGAUUGUGCUAGUUGCUGCAGCUUUGAUGUGUUGGGCUUUCUACAAGACUUGUAUUCAAUCUUCUCGUCGAGUUGGCCAGGAUGCUCACAGUAACACCAAUGAUGAUUACCCAGCAGGAGGAGGUGGUGGUGGUGGUGGUUAUGGAUGGUUUGGUCAGGGAAGUGGUGGUGGUACACCUCCUACAGCCCCACCACCACCUGCAGGGUUCCAAUCAGGAUAUAGAGAUGAUGCCUCUUGCAGAAACCGUACUGCUGGAGGUGCAGCAGGAGGCAGUAGUGGUGGAGGAGGUUUCUGGAGUGGAGCUGCUGCUGGUGGUUUACUUGGGUACAUGUUUGGAAGGGGCGGCCAAAACAACUACGGAGGAGGUUAUGGUCGGCAACGUCCAUGGGGUGGCAACUCAGGAUGGGGGUCAUCUAGUUGGGGAGGUGGUGGAGGUGGCUUCUCUGGUGGAGGAGGAGGAGGCGGGUCUACAGGAACCCGUACUUCUUCAGGUUUUGGUGGUACUAGUCGACGCUAGAUUCUUGUGGACACCUAAAAUGUAACUUUAAACCUGAAAAAUCAAAGAACAUAAACAUUUACAAUGAAUAUUACCAUAGAUGGUCCUAUUUUGUAUUGUGGAGUUUUUGUGCUACGGAAGUAACUCUUUCUAAUAACCAUUGAUUGAUCUUUAAAUACAGCUCUUGAAUGUUGUGUGGGAUUUGUAAUUUUCCAACCGGUGUGAGAUGGAUGGAACUUACAAAAGUUUUUCCAAUGUACUGUACUGUAUACUUGCAUUACCAACGUGUCUGUUUACUGUGCAGUACUCGUCUUACUCUAAUUGCUUCUCUAAUAAGAUGAGUGUAUGUAGUGAUGAAGAUUGUGUAUGUCAUAUAUGCCUACAUUAUUAUCUUUAUAAGUUUUCAGUACAUUAAGAAGGAAGACUUUGAUUAGAAAUAUUAGAGUAAAUUUUUCUUUCCAACACAAGUAUAAACCUGAGAUUGAAUAAAAUGUAUGGAUAUUUUAUUUUAUUUUUUUAAAUUGUAAACUUUCACUGAAUACACAAUGUAAAGUUUAAUAAUACUUUACAUAACUUCAUUUUUAAAGGAGUACUGUACAUGUCUGGGCUAAUACACUACAGUUAAUUUUAUUGUUCUGUACAUUUUUGCACAUUCUGUUGUUGAGUUUUGUUCUUUUGUUGAUGCUGACAAAGGUUUAAGUUUUUGUGCACAAACUAUUUAUUCUCUGGUUACCAAGAAUCUUCAUUUCAAUGUUUCCAAAACUGCAGUACUGCACAUGUACAAUAAAACACAAGUUUUAUUUAGAAUGCUUUUAUCUAUAGGAGUAAUGAAAUUUACAGCAUUUAUGGGCCAGAAUGGACAGUUAAUCAUUUGGUGGUGACGUACGAAGACCAAUAAAUGACAUUUUGCAAUCUGAAUUGACAGUUGUAAAACAUGAACUAACAAAUAUAACAUUCACUCAACACAGUGAAUGUCUCCUACAUCAUUUGUUGGUGUAUUUGUUAGUUCAUGUUUUACAACUGUCAAUUCAGAUUGCAAAAUGUCAUUUAUUGGUCUUCGUACGUCACCACCAAAUGAUUAACUGUCCAUUCUGGCCCAAAAAUGCUGUUAUAUUGAUUAGAUUUUGAGGACUAUUAUUUUAAUAAUGGUGCAGUUGUUGUUUUUUUUUCUUUUUUCUUUUUUUUAGGUUGGUGGUGAUGUUUGCAUUAUCUGGUGAUAUGUAGGGUAUGAGUGUUAAAGUCCUGGGCUACAGUAUUUACUUCUUACAAUAUGUUACAGUUGCCAGGAGAUAUAAUAUAUGUUAUUGAUAUAUAUGUUUAUUUAUAAGUUAUUACUGUUUAUUCAUUAUUUAUAAUCACUGAAUUAUCUUUUUUACCAUGUAUGUAUUCCUUUAAGUUACUUACUUGUUUCAGCAUUUUGAUUAUCCAGAAUCUUUAUACAAUAUAUUUAGUACCUUUGUUCAUUGGUUUAAUGUAAUGAGAGGAAGUAUGAUAUGAAGCUUUCCGUAAUGCUAAUUGAACAAAUGUGAAUAUUAGACAGUA